AUGGGUUCUACUGCGUCCCAACAGGAUUCAAACCAACAAGAGAGCGGCCAAGGAUAUCAGCUACUUUUACAACAAAGAGAAGAAGAAAACCGACAAGAGGUGGAACGGCUGACUGCAGAAAUACGAGCACUUAAGCUUCAACUUUUACAACUUACAAGUAAUGGAGGCCAAACACAGCAGAAGGAAUCCGCAUCUAUCGCCAUAAACGUAAAUCCUAAUUCGUCGUCAUCGGCUCCGUUACCAGCUAGCCCAAAUGGGGAGUGUGUCAACUACAUACGAAAACAAAUAAUGUCCGCCGAAGUUUUCAAAGGAAUUCCUCUCAACAACGAGUACGAAUUAAUUCCAUUCAAUCAUUUUACGUUCAGCCGCGUGUAUCCCAUAGAUCUUGGUUUAGGGAAGCGCGUGGUAGAAAAACCGAUCGGUUUUAAACGAAAAGAUUUGUUAGAAGUUCUCAUGAAAGCAGUGGAAACCCUCAACAAGAAUCUAAGUUUGAGCACACCCGACUCCCUGACUCGGAAAACUCUGAAGUAUACUUUGGACGAUUUCCUUGAAGGUCUAUAUCGCACGGAGCCGACGACAGGUACUCAGUAUGAAUUAUAUUUUAGGACUAAAAGUGUAAAUAAAACUACCACAAAUCAUCAUUCGCAUGCGAGUGGGUUUACCAAAGUUGUGCUAAUGCGACCGUUCGCACCUGUGCAAACGAUUCAAACGGAAGCGCUUGCCAAUGUGCGCGAAAAAGAACUUAUACACAUAAUUCUUCCAUUAUCGGGACGUACGACUACGUUUCAAAGCUUUAUGGACAAAUUUGUUAAAAUAGGUUUAAAGAACGAUAGACGCGUGCAUCUAACGGUCGUAUAUUUUGGCGAGGAGGGGUUGUCGGAGGCGCGAACCAUUAUGUCGCGGGUGUUGAUCACAAAGAACAGCGGCGGUAACGCAAAUAACCUUAGGCUACUGGCGCUUAACGAAACUUUCUCUAGGGGAAAGGGGUUGCGCGUUGGUGCUGAACGAGUAUGGGGGCCAGAGGGUCGUUCUGAAACUAAAGACGUGCUUUUGUUUAUGUGCGACGUUGAUGUGGUGUUCAGUGCGCGUUUUUUGGAUCGCUGCAGAUGGAACACUUGGCCGGGAAAGAAAGUAUACUAUCCCGUUGUGUUUAGUUUAUACAAUCCGCAUGUGGUCUACACGCUUCAAGGGAGAGAAGUUCCACCCGAAACGGACCAAUUAGUAAUAUCGAGAGACACGGGAUUUUGGAGAGAUUUCGGAUAUGGAAUGACGUGUCAGUAUAGGUCGGAUUUUUUGCGUGUUCGCGGGUUCGACGAAGAAAUUGUCGGAUGGGGUGGCGAAGACGUUAUGCUAUACCGCAAGUACGUGCGGAGCCAUAUGAAAGUGAUACGCGCUACCGAUCCUGGCAUUUUCCACAUCUGGCACCCUAAGGUAUGUUCCGGAAGUCCGGGAGGACAAAAGCUAACGGCCGACCAGUAUCGAGCUUGCAUCCGUUCCAGAGCACUGAACGAGGCAUCGCACGCCCAGCUAGGAUUCUUAGCAUUUCGAGAUGAUAUCGCAGCUAACAGCAAUUCGGCGAAGUAUCCCCCGGCACUUGGUCCGCCUCUACACUACCCCAAGAAAGCCAAAUACGUAACCUGAGAAUCGACGCGGAAGUUAGAGUUUUAGUGUACAAUAAAAAUGAACUUUUUUAAAUACCAUCCCGUGUGAAGGUGCUACGAAUAUGAAAUAUGUGAGUUGUUUUCAUGUGAUAUAUGAAGCCAUUGCCGAAAAGUAUUCUUUAACAAUACGGUUAUGUUUCGUGCUUAAGUUUAUUUAAAUUUUUAUGUAGAUCGUUGUACGACUGCCCAUUAUAACACAUCGAAUAUUCAGCCAUUGUGAUUAAGAUGAUUAGAGACAAGCACAUUAUAUUAGAAAAAUUUAUAAAUCGUUAUUAUUUUGUUAAGGCGUAACAUGAACUGGGGUUAGCUUAGGGUUCACUUUCAAUUAGGGAAGAAAAGAGAAUCUUUCUUUUAUUGUUUUAUCACAAUAUUUUGAAUCUAUUUUUACCAAAACGUUAUACUCGUACCCUGUUGCAAAAAUACUGCAAUACUAUGAUCUAUUUCCCUACUCUGUGAAUCAAUUCUUAAUAACACCACAGAGUAUAUAACGUAGUAUACUCUUUGAUAACCAAAGAAUACUCUUUGAUAACACACUCAAUACAAAUAUGUUAAACUAAACUGUCCGUGAGAAAAAAUAAACUACAAUGGGACGAAACGAAAAUAUCCCAAAAUCUCCGACUAUGUGAAUUAUGCCUAUGUGCUUUAUUGCGAUAUCCGUAUUGCCCAAAUAUUUGAUUGACCGAAUACGUUUAUGAAAGAUCUUUAUUCGCCUAUAUAAAUAUGAGGGAUGCCCAAUCAUUCAAGGAAUUUAUUUGAAUUAUAAACACGAACCUAUAGUAGUAGAAAGUAGAACGUUUAAGUUAUCAUUAUAAGAUUGUCCAGGCCGCGGUCUAAUGCAUUGAUGUUGUUGUGUGUACGCCCGUACAGUACACUUCACGUUGUACCCAACACUCGAUGUAGCAUUCGCUUAAUAAAGUAAGAAGCAGCGCAGUCGCUGGCAUUUUACUUGUACUAUUUAUUUGUAUUAUUAGUGUGUCAAAAUGCAGGUUUUUAAAGUAAUAGGUUACACGUCACGACGUCACCGGAAUUAACCUUGUCGGUAUAGGCAAACUUGCGAUCAAAAAUGAAUUAAAUUGGCCGCACUUUGGCCCUAAACUUGGUGUAAAGCCGAUUUUAAAAACUUCAACUAAACGUAGUUCCACUUUCAACGUGGCAAAAGGAGGCGCUUUUUUCUGGACGUCCUAUUUAAGAAGAAACCCUUCUUCUAAAAAUCAAAAAUAUAACAACCAAUCAUACGCAGUUGACAACAAAGACCUCCCUCAACGUACGAUAAUAACUGAAAAAAUAGAGGUCCAAUAAUUUUUAGUAUUCGAUUUGUUAUCAGACAUUAAGAGAUAAAUUGUAACGUUAAUCUCAUUAAAUCCUUGUAUGUUAAUUGUGUUGUCCCUUUCCUAUUUUGAAUGUUUCGUGAAGUUUACCCCUAAUCCAUUUGAUAAAUCCCGGUCACAUUCCUUUCCCCUUAUCUGUGUCACAUUUUUGCCCGUGGGUCAAGAGCAUUCUGCAUUAAGUAUUAGAAUCAAGCACACGAUUUUUGCCACUUUUCGCAAUUAUUAUAAACUUGCAUUGAAUACCUUGAUUAAGGAUUAAUAAUUUUGGAAAGUUGGCUCAGUAGUUGCUACCCUUUAGUAGUAUUUUUGGUAGAGCUAUAUUUCGCUUCGACGGAUUAAAUAUCGGUGCACAUGUUAAGAAGCUCGUAACACCUGCGAGGUAAAUAUUUAAUAACCUGUUCCACAUUUAGUUGACUUACCUUUUAGCUUCUUUUUUAUACGCUGAAUAUCCAACGACAUUUAACAUCUCUCGGCUGAUCAACAAACCCUUAGGCAUAUCUGAUCCUCUAUCUGGCCGCUACAACAUUUGAUAAGAAGAGUAGGAGGCUGCAGAUAAAGCUUACCCCUCGAUUUAGUACCAUCUGCUAAGGUGAUCAGCCAAUAAAGGUCAGAAGUUUCCUGUUUGUGUCGUCUAUUGUUCCCAUUUCGUGUCUUCCUAUUUACCAAUGUUAAUGUUUAUGUAAAUUUCAAUUAUAACGUACCUGUUUUUAAGAGGUUGUGUCAAGGUACACAAAACUACAACUUUUAUAUAGUCAUCCGUCUGAACUACUGCGACUCAUUCGAACGUAUAAUAGUCAAAUCACCUACUUGUGAAGCGUCAACAAGAGUUUUGCUUUGCAUUAGCAUACCCUAGGUUAGGUGACAUAUUGGGUAGCAAAGAUAAAAGAAAGAUCUUUCUCGUAUCCCCUUGUGCCCUUGCAGUACAGUAACUAUUUUUUAUAGAACCUUGUGUAGCCCGUUGCCUCCUGAUGUAUCACUCCUCAUUUAAACUAGGGAAUUUAUUUGCCAAUAUAAAAACCCUCCCGUGUAUUGUUGUUUUAUUUUAUCACUCCUCAUUUAAACUAGGGAAUUUAUUUGCCAAUAUAAAAACCCUCCCGUGUAUUGUUGUUUUAUUUCUUGUUUGUAAUAACCGAGUUGUCCUACAAACAAUUGUUUUUAGAGCGGAGACAGUCACCACGAUAACUGAAUUACUCGAUAUUGUACGCUCUUGGCGCCCUGAUCCUUUCCACCCUAUAAUUAAACCCAUACCUGCUAGCUUGGGGAGUAACAGUUACUUUAGAUCAAGAUCCCUCGGAUUGUCCUUGUCCCUUAUUUGUAGAUUUUGUAAUUCCUCCCGUUGCAAAAUCCAAACAAAAAUUCUAGGAAAAAUAAAAUUUCAUCUCUCUUAACUACACAGAAAAGGUGAUAAAUCGCAUCCACCUGUCAAUUAAAUUAAGUUUUUACAUUUGAUAACAGACAUAAACCGAACAAAAUUGCCGGAAAUUCUACGUUAAAUAAAAUAAAAAUGUAAACAAAAUCAACCUUGACCGCUUUCUCGUAUACCAUAAUAAUCUCCAUGCCGUUACAUAGACCAACAACAAAUUAAUAAAAUUUAAUUACAAAAGUUAAUUACAUAAAAAGGAGACCGCCCUUGUCCAUCUUAAUUAAGAUGUCCGAAAAUUUCAUCCUGCCAGACAAAAUAAACACAGCAAUAUAAAUAUUCAGCGGCUCGGUUUUGCCUAACCCAUAUUAAUCGCCGAAGAACUGUUGAAAUUAUGAAUCAUAAUACUUACCAAUAUAUUAAUAUAUAUAUGACUUAAACCUAGACACAAACAAUUAUCUGUUAAUUUAGGCUCUCUAGGCGUCGUUAAAUCAAGUGUAUAACAUGAUUAGGGGCAAGACUAUAGAAACCGUUGCUGUUCAGUCAUGCAAGUUGCGCGUUUUGCUGGUGGGAAUGUGAACCGCGCACACCUCAUAGAAUGAUGCGUUUUUUUUUUAAUCGAACAUAGCGAAAUUACAUUACAUACAAAAGCGCAUGUUUUCUAGAAUAGAGUAAUUGCUGAUGACAACUAAGUCACCUACCCAGAUGCCACUGAUUAUUAGACUGCUACCUUUCCAUACGGUAAGUAAAUACACAACGAUCUACUUCCGAUGCUUGACAGUCUAAUAAGUAAUAAAUAUAAUAAUAAAUCGGACAGCUUUUGACACCAACCUACGACAUGCAUUUUUUAAUCCCUUAAAUACCUUUCGUAAAACACCUUAGACCGGACUGCUAAUUGUAACUAAAAUAUGGUCAAGGACAUCGCCUGGGUAUGUGAGUUUCAGGGUAAACGAAUCUGUACGAAGCUGUCCGAUUAGAAACGAUUUGACACUGUUAACCUAUAAAUUCACAAACCUCUUCUUAUUUGUGGACGUAUAGAAGAUGAUCAAGAGUAUAUUUAAGACUACGGUGCCCUCUAUCCGUGACCACCCAUUUUGUAUUGAAAGCAUAGGGCUAAUAGCAGUCCAUGUACUACUAUAUGGUCUAAGUAAAACACACACGUGGUCGGUACCAUCCUCACAAACUUCAGGUGGUUGCUUGUAGGCAGGGGUAUAACUCGCCAUGUAGAUACGCACACGUAGUGUCCCAAUUAUGAGGUAACAUAUUCAGAUUCUCGUUGAUAUAUGAGUUAUUUUCAAAAUUUUUACAAAAAUUGGGUUUUUUUCAUCCCAGAAAUGGGCAACGAUGCCGCCAUUUAACAUACACUGUAUCCCUCGACGUUACGGAGUUCCCAAUGAUGGGCCACGAAUUUGUACCACUCUGUAUAAAACUCUACAACUAAAACGAUCGGAGCUGCCUUGACAUGAACGUGACGAAGAAAAUAGAGUUUUACUUUGAAAGGGCAAACAAUGGUAACUAAUUCCUUAAAUGAUUUGAUAUCACCUCAUAAAAUAAAUACAAAUCAGCCUUAGAGUGGACACUGGGCAGGUCAUUUUUUUCAAAAAAAUUAGGCUGGUACAUAUAAUUGAUUGAUUUCUGAAAAGCCUGGAUUACAUAUUCGCAACUCUGUUACAUGUUUUUAUCAUUUGUAAAUGUUUACAAAAAUGUGUACAAAAUCCUUGCAAAUGAAAGUAGGUAAAUAAAUCGUUUCGUUUAAUGAUAAACUAAUCCUUCACGAUUGUUAAUUUAUUAUUGUGAGCCCAGACAGAAAACCCCUAUUCAUGUUUUACGUUGCUGGUGGUGUUACCUCUAUGGUUUUUAUUUGUAGGUGAUCAUUUCUGACUUUUACAGUUAGGAAAAAUUUAUUUAAAAGUACUUUUUUGAGAG